CAGACCAAAACAAAGAACACACAGUGUCACAAAAAGGCAAAUCACUAAUAUCUGAGAGGCCAAACAGGAACAUUAGCAUUAACUCUACCAUACCUUCAACAAGCGACAAAAGGACUUCACUAUUUCAUGUUCCACUUAUUCUUCCAACACCUCAAAAUACUAACAGCAAUGUAUCCAAAACAGCUUCUUUCACAUCUGCCAUGGCAAUAAAGAUCUUGAUUAUAAAACCCUCACCUUUUGAACCCCAGGUGUUUGUUGCAAAUAAGGUUUUACAAAACAAGACCUCGCCGCUAUCAACACCGUUUAGUAAGUCGCAAAAUAUUGUGACAACAGAUGCCACAUUUAUCUUAAAACUUUUGGCCAUCUCUAAGAAAAGUAGUAGCGAAAGCAUCUUUUUAAAUCACUCAACGACUGGAAAGAUUGGUUUGCCAUUAGGUGACAAACAACAAGACCUUAAAAACCAAAAAGCGACUGAGGGGCUUUUUGUUGGCAGCCACACAGUUAGCAGUGUCCCAUCAGUCCAAGAGCACAUUGAACCUCAACCUGGAGAGGUAUUCGUCACAGCAACACUGCAAUCACAAUCUAGAGCUCAGACUGAGUCAUACUUAAAGAAGAGAAAUGACACAGUUAAACUAACUACUCUGAAACACAGUGAUCACAGCAGUGGCUCAGUUGUAAGCAUGAAUCAGACCUCGUUGAUGUCAAUUUUGCCCAAGAUUGUUACACUCUCUCAGAACAUACUCCCAAUACACAGCACAUCUGUUUCCCCAGUUGUUUACUUGACUUCUGGGUUUAACCAACAUUUAACCUUCUCUGCUUUGCUUGAAACUUCAACAUCUGUUGAACAGGCAAUGACACAAACAAGUGCUACUCAUUUUACUGUUCAACCUAUUGCUCCUACUGAGUCAGGUGGAAAGGACAACCACAAAGAUUCACUUUUAUCACAUCAAGGGUUUGCAAAUUCAACAGAUGUUAAGGAGUAUGCUCAGAACAUGGCAUCCAGCCAAAUUUCAGGCAUCACAGAGUUGCAAAAAAGACAUACAGUGCACACCACAGCUGCAGCACAAACAGAAGCAGCCUUAAACACGUCAGCUUUUCCCUUUUCACCCCUUGAAUCAUCCACUGCAGCAACCUCACCAACACUUCCUUUGUUUCUCUUUCGAAUGCAGACUGUGCUGCACAAAGAUUCUUUGACCUUAACCAAAAACCAGACAGAAUUUUUCACUACAAGGAAAGAGCAGUCACAAAUGGCACAACCUAACUUUCUGUCUGACAAAAUGUCUAGUUCAGGCACAACUGAAGAUAUUCAAAAACACCUUGGGCAGAAUGCACUGUCUGCUGUUACUGGGAAAAAGUUAUCUCGCAGUGUCUACACGGAUUUAAGUUCCACAAGUACAGAGACAGAAUCUGUCCCACAAGGUUCAUUACAGUCCAGGGGAGGGAGUGAAAAUGUUUCAGACAACACUACAUCAUUUGCAGAAAAUGACUCGACUGAGUUUCUGUCAGACCUCCCAUUGAUAAAGAGGAAGAGGAGGAUCACAUCACCAGACUCUCUCAGUGGCCUGGCACACAUCUCAGAUGAUAUCUGUGGCACUGGCAACUACACAGCAGAGAUGAGUCUGAAUUUGGAAAGAGAUAUCAUGCCUGGAGAUCUCAUCCCUGCCUUAGGAAACCUGCUUGUCGUCAUCACCCUGAAAACAAAUAACAGCCAGGUGAACCUCAAGAUAAAAUCCUGCUGCCUCUCGCCCACCGUCAGACUUGAUGAAUUUAACACCACCUGCUGCAUUUUUUCCAGGCCGCCUAUAGACCCUCAUGGCAUUAGACUGCUUUCCAGUGUCCUGUCAAAAAGGGCCAGCUUUACCAUCAGUCUCUUCCAGAUGAUCAAUUACUCCACUGCUUACCUGCACUGUGACCUGAGUGUGUGCUUGAGGAACCAUUCUGAGUGCAGGAAGCAGUCAGUUCAGCAUCGAAAUACACAUCCAGUUGAGGAAGCAGGGGCCAUCUUGGGCAGCACAGGAAAUCGAAUUUCUUUUGGUCCUCUUUUGAAAGGAAUGGAUAAUUCAUCAUUUUCUGAAACAGCAGCUGACAUGGAAGCGGCGGUGGUGAUUAUCAGCUCAGUGGCUAGCUGUUUACUGGUGUGUUUGGCUCUGAUGCUCGUCUGGAUGGCAAACAGACGUUGUCUUGAAAAGUCUGCCUACUGCUGGUCCAGGGCCCUUUGUGAUUGCUAACAGAACAAAGAUCACAACAAACCAGUCAUCCAGAUCUAAUCAGCAGCGAACACUCAAUCAUUCACUGAUAGUUCCUGAAUUGCUCAUCACUGUGUUUAGUUGCAGCACUGGGAAACUAAUGAAACAAUUAACAUUGGAAGAAGCGACCCAAAGUGCUCUUGAAUAAUCAUCUAGUUUCUUUAGUGCCAGGCUCUGAGUGUUACAACUGAGCAAAUAGAGAUUUAUUUACUGUAAUGUGACUAGUAUAUAUGUAUGCUAGUAUUCUCCUAAAAGUUGACAAAAUACACAUUUAUUACAUGCUCUCUGGAAUACUUGAUUCUGACUGGUCAAUGGUGCCAUCUAGUGGUCUGAUAUUUCUCAGUAACAACCGCACAUCCACGAAUCAGACCGCAUAUGCAGGUGUUGCAAGCCAUCUUUCCUGCUUUUUGGAUCACUGUGCAAUCUCUACAAGUCAGCUAAUUAAUUCAUUUCAACUCAAAUACAUGUUUUAUGUGCAUAUAUUUAUUUGGCAAGUAGUCUUGUAAUAAGAUGCAUAAUGAGCAGUCAGACAUUCAUUAAUUACAAAAUAAACACCAACAGAAUUCAGACGCAAACCAAAGGUGGAUUUCAGCUGUUCAGCGAUUUUUUUUCUUCUCAUAUAAUUACUUAAUUUCAUCGCAAAUCAAUGUUUCAUGUCAAUUUAUUUGUUUUUUUGGCAAGUAAUCUUGUAAUAAUAGGCAGGGUUGGGGAGUAACGAAAUACAUGUAACGGGAUUACGUAUUUAAAAUACAAAAUAUAAGUAACUGUAUUCCACUACAGUUACAAUUUAAAUAAUUGGUAUUUAGAAUACAGUUACAUUCAAAAAGUAUUUUGAUUUCUGAAGAGAUUACUUUGCAUUUUAUUGUCAUUUGUUUCAUUUAAUAUUUAUUCCUUUCAGAUGGAAAACAUUUAUACAUAUAAAUGAUGCGAUCCAAAGUGCAUUUGAACAGCGGUGAAACACUUUCUUAUGAUGUGUUACAUUCAUACGAGCAGACAGAGAACUUUGAAAUAAGUUUGUAGCAGAAGAAAUAGAAAUAAACCUUGUGUAAAUUGUCAGCUUUACGCUAAGCUAAAAUGCUAUUUCUAGCUGUUUUAUAUGCACGUGAUAUCAGGCACGAUCAUAUUGUUUUAUCAAGAAAAUUCACGUUGGAUCAUAAUUUCUUUGAUAUUAGGGCAAAAAUCUUAUUCUUGAUAAUACAUUUGUAUUGUUUUCCUGUAAAAAACUAUCUAAAAAUGAUCAAUUUGAUUUAUCUUGUUUUAGAAACAACAUUGCAUAAGAUAUUUAGGUUUUUUUAACAUGUGUAUUUUGUCUUACUGUACUGGCAGAGUUUUUAUAGUCAAAACAAGUG